AUGGCUGUCUUCGCUCAGUACGACUACCUCUUCGCGGUAGGCACAAUCUUUGCCUUCCUCGAUGCUUGGAACAUUGGUGCCAACGAUGUCGCCAACUCCUGGGCUUCAUCAGUCUCUUCCCGCUCUCUUAGCUACCUCCAGGCUAUGCUUGGUGCCAGUGUAAUGGAGUUCACUGGUGCGCUCGGUGUUGGUGGUCGAGUCGCAGACACUAUCCGAACAAAGAUUGUCGACGUCGAGGCUUUCAACGACAGCCCUGCUCUGCUUAUGCUGGGUAUGGUUUGCGCUGUUAUUGCUUCUGCUAGCUACCUCACUAUGGCUACCCGUCUUGGUUUCCCUGUUUCCACCACUCACUCUAUCCUUGGUGGUGUCCUUGGUAUGGGUGUUGGUGCUCUCGGUGGUAGUGGUAUUACCUGGGUUGGCUACAGUGACAGUGGUGCCGUCGAUAUCCAGAAGGGUGUUGUCCAGGUCUUCCUUGCUUGGAUCAUCGCUCCUAUGCUCUCCGGUAUCUUCGCUGCCAUCAUCUUCACCUUCACCAAAUACGCCGUCCUCCUCCGAAAGAGCCCUGCCACCCGCGGUCUCAUCCUCGUCCCCUUCUACUUCUGGCUCACAGCCUCUCUCAUUGUCAUGCUUCUUCUCUGGAAGGGUGGUUCUUAUGAGGUCAAGCUCACUGAGCAACAAAUCCCCGGUGUCAUUGUUGCCACCGGUGCUGGUUGGGGUCUUCUGAUGGCCAUCUUCCUCGUUCCCUGGAUGUACCGUGUUGUCAUCAAGGAGGACUGGCAGCUCAAGUCCUACCACAUCCUCCAGGGCCCCUUCCUCCUCCGCCGUGGCCCUGUCCCUCCCCCUCCCGCCAACUUCCAGGGUGUUGUCCGCAACUUCUACGAGGGUCACCUUACUGCUGAGGAGCUUGAGGAGCGCCGUAACGCCAACCGCGCUGCUCUUGGUGAGGAUCUCGAGACUGGCAGCGGCAAGAAGGUCGCCACCGAGUCUGCCACCGAGGAGCCCGAGGUUGAGAACCCCUACGCACACAAGUCCAUGAUCGGCCCCAAGCCCAACAAGCCCUGGUACACCGGCGCCUUCAUCUGGUGGGCCUUCAAGUUCGCUCUCCUCCACGGUGUCGACAAGGAUAUUGUCAGCUCCCAGAGCGAGAAGUCUGUUGUCGCUGGUGACGUCGAGGAGAUCCACGCCCGCGCUGAGCACUUCGACAACCGAACUGAGUUCCUGUACACUUUCCUCCAGAUCAUGACUGCUGCUGCUGCCUCUUUCGUCCACGGUGCCAACGAUAUCGCCAACGCUGUCGGUCCUUACGCCACCAUCUACCAGAUCUGGCAGGAGGGUGUCGUCCCCGCUAAGAAGUCCGAGGUUCCUGUCUGGAUUCUUGCUUUCGGUGGUGUUGGUAUUGUCAUCGGUCUCUGGACAUACGGAUACAACAUCAUGCGCAACCUUGGUAACCGAGUCACUCUCAUGUCUCCUGCCCGUGGUUUCUGUAUCGAGCUUGGCUCAGUCAUCACUGUCAUCAUGGCCACUCGUCUCAAGCUCCCUGUCUCUACCACUCAGUGUAUCACUGGUGCUAUCGUCGGUGUCGGUCUCUGCAACGGUGACUGGCGAGCUAUCAACUGGCGCAUGGUCGGAUGGAUCUACCUUGGUUGGUUCAUCACUGUUCCUUCCGCUGGUCUGAUUUCUGGAAUUCUUAUGGCUUUCAUCACCAACGCUCCUCGAUGGACUUAG